ACGCGAGCAGCGCGCAGACACCUCCUCCUCGGCUGCUGUCGCCGCCGCCGGCCACACCGCGGUGCCUGUUGCUGCAAGCAGCCGCGGGACCCGCCGUAUCUUCAGCCCGCAAGAGAAGCAGCGCCAGACUGUGGAACGGUCUCUGCGUGGGGCGGCAAGAGCGCAGUCAGCUGAAGACUAUGGACGCCCGGCCCGCCCAGGCCAUCUUCAGGGUGCUGGAGAGCACCUACGAGCCCCAGCCCAGCUCCGAGCUUUGAGCGCGCCACCUCGCUGGAAUCCCUUCAGAAGCAUGUGAAACAGAUCACUCCAUUGAACUAGGAAAACAGUAGCCCGAUCUCCUGGCUCUCCAGCCCUUUCCCAGGAUGGACGCGAUCACGUUCACAGCGAGGAAGCAUCCGUUCCCUAAUGAGAACUCGGUGGACUUUGGCCUGCAGCUGGUGGGCUCCUUACCUGUGCAUUCUCUCACCACUAUGCCCAUGCUGCCAUGGGUGGUGGCCGAGGUACGACGACUCAGUGGCCAGGGUUCCAAGAAGGAGCCUGGAGUCAAGCAAGUCCGGCUCUGGGUUUCGCCCUCUGGGCUGAAAUGUGAACCUGACCUGAGGAAAAGUCAACAAUGGGACCCACUGAUCUGUUCCAGCAUUUUUGAGUGCAAGCCUCAGCAUGUCCACAAACUGAUUCACAACAGUCACGACCCGAGUUACUUUGCUUGUCUCAUUAAGGAGGAUGCUGCCAACAGGCAGAGCCUCUGCUAUGUGUUUAAAGCAGACGAUCAAACUAAAGCAGACAGCAGAGUGGAAGAAAGGGUGACCACCCCGAGCCUUGGAUGCAGAUCCAGGGUGCCUGAGAUCAUCAGUUCCAUCCGGCAGGCAGGAAAGAUUGCCCGCCAGGAGGAGCUACGCUGCCCCUCGGAAUUCGAUGACACCUUCGCCAAAAAGUUCGAGGUGCUCUUCUGCGGCCGGGUCACUGUGGCCCACAAGAAGGCGCCGCCUGCGCUGAUCGACGAGUGCAUCGAGAAGUUCAACCAUGUGAGCUGCGGCCGCAGAGCUGACUGGGACGCUCCCACAGGGCAGCCAUCAGCGCCGGGACCCCGGCCAAUGCGCAAGUCCUUCUCGCAGCCCGGACUGCGCUCAUUGGCCUUCAGGAAGGAGUUCCAGGACGCCAGCCUCCGCAGCAGCACCUUUAGCUCCUUUGACGACGGUAUCGAAAACCACCUCAUCGGAGGACACAAUGUGGUUCAGCCCACAGACAUGGAGGAGAACCGAACUAUGCUAUUCACGAUUGGCCAAUCUGAAGUUUACCUCAUCAGCCCUGACACCAAAAAGAUUGCACUGGAGAAAAAUUUUAAGGAGAUAUCCUUUUGCUCUCAGGGCAUUAGGCACGUGGACCACUUUGGGUUUAUCUGCCGGGAGUGCUCAGGUGGCGGCGGCUUUCACUUUGUCUGUUACGUGUUCCAGUGCACCAAUGAAGCCCUGGUCGAUGAGAUCAUGAUGACUCUGAAGCAGGCCUUCACCGUGGCUGCUGUGCAGCAGACUGCCAAGGCGCCAGCCCAGCUGUGCGAGAGCUGUCCCUUGCAGGGCCUGCACAAGCUCUGUGAGAGGAUCGAGGGAAUGAAUUCAUCUAAAACCAAGCUAGAACUCCAGAAGCACCUGACCACACUGACCAAUCAGGAGCAGGCAACUAUUUUUGAGGAAGUUCAGAAAUUGAGGCCAAGAAACGAGCAGCGAGAGAAUGAAUUAAUUAUUUCUUUUCUGAGAUGUCUGUAUGAAGAGAAGCAAAAGGAGCACAAGCACCCUGGGGAGCCAAAGCAGACACCACAGGUGGCUGCUGAGAAUAUUGGGAGUGAACUGCCUCCCAGCGCUCCCCGGUUCAGGCUAGAUAUGCUGAAGAACAGAGCAAAGCGGUCCCUAACAGAAUCCUUGGAGAGCAUUCUGUCCCGGGGUAAUAAAGCCAGAGGCCUGCAGGACCACUCUGCCAGCGUGGACCUGGACAGCUCCACUUCUAGUACUCUAAGUAACACCAGCAAAGAACUGUCCAUGGGUGACAAGGACGCCUUGCCUGUCUCUGAGAGCUCCUUCAAGCUCCUUGGCUCCUCAGAUGACCUAUCCAGUGACUCAGAGGGCCACACUGCAGAAGAGUCUGCUCUGCUAUCACCCCAGCAGGCAUUCAGAAGGAGAGCCAACACCCUGAGUCAUUUCCCUGUAGAGAGCUCGGCACCUCCAGAACCUGCUCAGAGCUCUCCAGGGGUCUCUCAGAGAAAGCUCAUGAGGUAUCACUCCGUGAGCACAGAGACGCCUCAUGAACGCAAUGUGGACCAUCUUCCUGGGGGUGAGGCGAAGUGCUGCUCAGGGCAGCCUUCAGCUCCUCCUCCGCCUCGUCUUAACCCCUCCGCCUCCUCACCAAACUUUUUUAAGUACCUAAAACACAAUUCCAGUGGAGAACAAAGUGGGAAUGCUGUGCCAAAAAGCGUCUCCUACCGUAAUGCCCUGCGGAAAAAGCUCCACUCCUCCUCCUCUGUGCCAAAUUUUCUAAAAUUUCUGGCUCCUGUAGAUGAAAAUCACACCUGUGACUUUAUGAACACAAACAGGGACAUUGAAUCCAAAACAAACCACCUGGGUGACACAGAUGGGACCCCUGUGAAGACCCGGCGGCAUUCAUGGAGACAACAGAUAUUCCUUCGAGUGGCCACUCCACAGAAGACGUGUGAUUCCCCGAGCAGAUAUGAAGAUUAUGCAGAACUGGGAGAGCUCCCUCCGCGGUCCCCUUUAGAACCAGUGUGUGAAGAUGGACCGUUUGGCCCUGUACCAGAAGAAAAGAAGAGGACGUCACGCGAGCUUCGAGAGCUGUGGAAAAAGGCUAUUCUUCAACAAAUACUGCUGCUCAGGAUGGAGAAGGAGAACCAGAAGCUGCAAGCCUCUGAGAAUGAUCUGCUGAACAAACGCCUGAAACUUGAUUAUGAAGAAAUCACUCCUUGUCUUAAAGAAGUAACCACCGUGUGGGAAAAGAUGCUUAGCACUCCAGGGAGAUCCAAAAUUAAAUUUGACAUGGAAAGAAUGCACACAGCUGUUGGGCAAGGUGUGCCACGCCAUCACCGGGGUGAGAUCUGGAAAUUUCUAGCCGAGCAGUUCCUCCUUCGACAUCCAUUUCCCAGUAAACAGCAACCAAAGGAUGUGCCCUACAAAGAACUCUUGAAGAAGCUGACCUCCCAGCAGCACGCCAUUCUCAUCGACCUCGGGCGAACAUUUCCAACGCACCCGUACUUCUCUGCCCAGCUCGGAGCAGGCCAGCUCUCCCUUUACAACAUCCUGAAGGCCUACUCGCUUCUGGACCAGGAAGUAGGAUACUGCCAAGGCCUCAGCUUCGUGGCAGGCAUUUUGCUUCUCCAUAUGAGUGAGGAAGAGGCAUUCAAGAUGCUCAAGUUCCUGAUGUUUGACAUGGGGCUGCGGAAACAGUAUCGGCCAGACAUGAUUAUUUUACAGAUCCAGAUGUACCAGCUGUCACGGCUCCUCCAUGAUUACCACAGAGACCUCUACAACCACCUGGAAGAGCAGGAGAUCGGCCCCAGCCUCUACGCGGCUCCCUGGUUUCUCACGGUGUUCGCCUCACAGUUCCCGCUCGGCUUUGUCGCCAGGGUCUUUGAUAUGAUCUUUCUUCAGGGAUCAGAGGUCAUAUUUAAAGUGGCUUUAAGUCUUUUGGGAAGCCAUAAGCCCUUGAUUCUGCAGCAUGAGAACCUGGAAACCAUAGUGGACUUCAUAAAGAACACACUACCCAACCUGGGCUUAGUGCAAAUGGAGAAGACCAUCAAUCAGGUGUUUGAGAUGGACAUCGCCAAACAGCUGCAAGCCUAUGAGGUUGAGUACCAUGUGCUCCAAGAAGAACUCAUUGAUUCCUCUCCUCUCAGUGACAACCAAAGAAUGGAUAAAUUGGAGAAAACCAACAGCAGCUUACGCAAACAGAACCUGGACCUCCUGGAACAAUUGCAGGUGGCAAACGCUAAAAUCCAAAGCCUUGAAGCUACGGUGGAGAAGCUUCUAGCCAGCGAGAGCAAGCUGAAGCAGGCUGCGCUCACCCUGGAGCUGGAACGCUCAGCCCUGCUGCAGAUGGUGGAGGACCUGCGAGGGCAGGGUGCCCAGCCCAGCACUCAGGAGCCGGACUGUACCCAGCCCGAACCGACAGGUGACUGACAGCUCCCCAGAGAGACUGCACACCACUAACACUGUCCAGGCCUUAAUGGAGAGAGACAGAAGCUGGAGGCAGAGAAGAGAAGACUCCUCAGGGAGGAAGCUGGCUCGCCAGCCCGCAGAUGCUUUGCGCUCAGACUUGGAGUUGGGAGGGCUGAAGUCCCAGAGUUUUUGUUGUUUUUGGUUUAAAUUCACCCCCUUUCCAGUCCUGGUUGUUGUAGCUUUAGAUGGCAUGGCCGUGAGUAAAUGUACCUUUACGUUCCCUCCUCCUCCAGAGGCACAUUGUUUGGAGAGAGCAAAGCAAGAAGGGCUUGAAGUAAUUCCUCAGGCAAAAGUGUGAUCCUUGUCAGUCUGCAAGGAGAGGGUCCUGUGACCAUGCCCUUGGUGUCACCAUGAGGUGCAGUGGGGCCUUUGUCUACUCUUGUUAUGGAGACCAGAGGUGGCUGUGGGGAAGGACUGAAGGGUUUAUUGAAAUUGGACGUGUUGAUCGUCACCGACUCCACAGUCGCUCCCAUGGGUACUGAAGAAGCUCGUCUUUUACCCAGUGUUUUAAUGUUUUUGCUCACCCUUUCAAGUCCUGGUAGAUAAAUGUUUCAUAAAGAAAUCACAGUUUUUAGA